GCUUGACGCUCCACAGUCACACGUCCCUUGCAACAUCGCGAGCAAUGCGAAAAUGGUUAUUGGAUGAUUUGCGCAUUUAAUGUUUGGCAGGGUAAUACUAACACGUGACGCAGUUGAAAAGAGAAGGGAUCGCGACAACGGAAUCGUAUUGAGGCUUGAACCAGCUGAAAGAUUGUUGACACUCAUACGAACGUUCACCAUGCAUUCAUUUCCUGGAUCACGAUGCAAGACGAGUGAAGCGCUAAUUUGUUUCAGUACGUUCAUUCAGGAGGGCAAGUAUAAAGAUACGGAAUUUCUUUCGCAGAGAGUUCUCUUCACUCAAGAACAUCCUCACCAAGUCACUCUUUGACGUUCGAACGUUAACAGUCAUUCCUUACAUUCACUCUUUACGUUCACUUCAUCCUACAUACCCUUUAAAUAUCCAAGAUGCAUUUCACAAGCACCAUCCUCCUUGCUCUACCCUUCCUCGCCGCAGCCGCCCUCCGGCCCGCUAAAUUCUAUGGCAAUCUUGUGGCUCGCGACGACUACUCUGAUGCUCUUCACUCUAUGUGCGCAGUCGGCGAUGGGGCACCCAAGGACUGUGGAAUGGGCUACUGCUGUUAUUACUACGAAGAGUGCAGGGACGGCACGGACGGCCAGGCCUAUCCCUUCUGCAUGGACAUCAGCGAAACGUCUACUGGUGGUGAACCAUUCUCCGUGGUUGCACUGCAAUUCGCCACAACCGGCAUUCCCUCCAACCAUGCCUCUCCCACCGCUCACCCCUCCUCGAAUGCACCAACUACUCACUCCGCCGGUCCGACUGCAACUACCGGCACCGCAGCUGCUGCAAGCACUACGGGCGCUGCAUCGAACAACAAAGUCGGUGCUGUCUUCGGACUCGGCAUGCUCGCAGGGUUCGCAGGAAUGCUUGCCUGAUCUUCUAGAAGGCAAGAUAUAAACGUGGUAGACGCCACUAAUAGGAGGAUCUUAUAGGGAGACGAGAAGGCAGGAAGAGGAACAGCAGCAUUGGAAGAGAGAUUCUUGUGACUAUUUUAAGGGAUUAUAAUGUAGAAAAUAUCUAUUAAAUUUGCUCGCAAAGAGCUCAUACCAACAUUUGUGUUA